AGAGGCUCAAGUGUAUGGAGCCAGCAGCGAGCUGUUGGCCUUGCGCUACUCUUUUGCGAGCCUUGGGAUGUUGCGUUUUUUUGGCCAAUGCGCGCCAUCCGCGCGCCGGGCCCGGCGCUUUGCGGAUAUGGUGAACGUAACCUCGGCUCCGUGCAGCAACAUCCGAUGCGCUGCCGCCUCGGUGAAGGAAGAUGGCAAGCGAGUGCAGGUGGAGUUCACAGAUGGAGCCGAAUUUGAGCUGCAUGGACUCUGGCUCCGAGACGCUUGUCGGGACGAGAACUUUGUGUCGGAGGUGGCGGGGGAACGCUACCUGACGAGGACUGCCUUUAAGGAGAAGCAGUCCCACGCGGACGGCAAAGUGGCAGACGCCAAGGUGGUGGAGGGCAGUCUUCAGGUGAAAUGGGCGAACGAAGGUUCCUUGAGCGAGGUCGCCUCCAUCUUCCCCAGCAACUUCUUGCGAACCUACGCUGGCGUUGUGGGCAGGCAUCUGAAAGGAGAUCGCCAUCACACGAGCAAGGAGGCAUACCGAUGGCUAGAGCCCUACAGUGGAUUCAAGGGCGCACCUGCGCCGGAUCUGAAGCUGAAGAGCCUUUUUAAGAGCGACAACUUCUUCCAGCGGCGGGACUACAAAGCAGUCAUCAACAGUGACGAGUCGAAUCUGGAAAUGGCCCAAGCUCUUGUGCGACAUGGUGUUGUCAUCAUGGAGAAUGUGCCAACACCAGUGGCGCAGGCAAAGGACAACAGCGUCUUGCUCAACUUUGUCGACCAAUGUCUUGGAGGCAUGCAGAAGGAUCCAGCGCGAAAGGAUCCCAAUUGGGUGAUUCAGAAGAAGGCCGACGCUUUGAGCGUGUCCUACUCCCAGGAGAAGCGUUUGAAUAAUCACACUGACCAGUCGGUGCCGGCCCAUGGCAUUCCAGCUUUGCUACUGGUAGUGAACUAUGUCUCGGGUAGCGGGUACAACACCCUGGUGGAUGGCUACGCUGUGGCUGAAGCGCUGAGAGAGCGUGAUCCCAACGCGUUCCGGCUGCUGUCAACGUACGGCAACUGCCAGGAGAGGGACUUCGUGCGGUCCCGGGUGGAUUCGGUUCAGGAGGGCACUCAGACCAUGCUCAUCAACACCAAGCAGCCCAUCAUCAACACUGAUGACAAGGGCAACGUGAUUCGCGUUCAAUUCAACGAAGUGUUCAGAACGCCAACCACGAUUCCAUUUGACGAUUUUGAGGAUUGGUAUCGCGCCUACUACCUGUGGAACGACAUGAUCCAUUCACCAGAGUUUGAGGUUGAAGUCUCUUUGGGCCAGGGACAGAUGCUGAUUUUGGACAAUUGGCGCGUGUUGCACGGCCGGGCGGGCGGCAGAAGCAGCAGCGACCGUGUGAUCAUGGGGGGCACGGUAGUACGGGAGGCCUUCAUGUCGAGGGCGAUUCGCCUCAUGGGAGCGUACUAUCCGAUUGCGGACUACGCGGCCCAUCAACCUGAGUAGCUUUCGGGUGGCCGAGGUGUUUCAGGGGGCCGUGCCAAGCUUUGGUGGAUCCAAAGUCAAUUGGUGUUGAUUGCUGCGC